CAGUCCCACCGAAGCGGCGGCGUUGCUGGGGGCUGCCACUGAUCUCUCGCUUCCCCACCCCUUUUCUCUUGCUUCCCAGCCAUGGAGGGGAGAGAAGAUGCCGAGGGCAGCUGCGAUGUCGCUUUUGCUGAAGCUCAGAGAUGGGUGGAGGCAGUCACCGGGAAAAGUUUUGGAACCAAAGAUUUUCGAGCCGCUUUGGAAAAUGGAGUCUUGUUGUGCGAUUUGAUUAACAAGAUCAAACCUGGCAUCAUUAAGAAGAUCAAUCGUCUGUCUACUCCAAUAGCUGGUUUGGAUAAUAUAAAUGUUUUUCUGAAAGCUUGUGAAAAUAUUGGAUUGAAAGAAGCUCAGCUUUUUCAUCCUGGUGAUCUUCAGGAUUUGUCCAGUCGAGUUACUGUCAAGCAAGAGGAGACCAAUAGAAGACUCAAAAACGUUUUGAUUACAUUAUACUGGCUGGGGAGGAAAGCACAAACCAAGUCUGGUUACAAUGGUCCACACCUUAACCUUAAAGCAUUUGAGAAAUUACUAGGACAAGCUCUCACCAGGGCCCUCGAAGAAUCUAGCAGUCUGAAAAGCAGUGGCAGGGACAGUGGGUACGGUGAUAUUUGGUACAUUGACCGUGGAGAAGCAUUUUCACCUUCCACUAGCCAUAAAAGAGACGAUUCUUUCGAUAGCCUGGACUCCUUUGGUUCAAGAUCCUCCACAAGCUUCUCAUCAGAUAUAACCUUGAAGGGUAGCAGUGAAGCUUGUGAAAGUGACACGGACUCUGAACUGCCUUACAAAAUGCAUGAUUCUGGCAAAGAUAACAUGUCAUAUCGCAGGAUUGCUGUGGUUGAACCAAAAUCUACUACAGAGUUCAAUCGUUUCUUACCUAGCAAAAGUAAACAGCCAUCAUAUAUGCCAGCACCGCUCAGGAAAAAAAGGACAGAGAAGAAUGAGGACAACAGAAGAAGCUGGGCAAGUCCUGUCUUCACUGAGCCAGAUGGAACAUUUUCAAGUGAACGAGGAAAGAAUCCUUUAGCUUCCUGUCAGAAUAGCAGAGCAGAAUGUGGGUUUACAAAUCCAGCUUCCGUGCAGAUGAUCCAUGAGUAUGAAAGUGGCUCUGAUUCAGAAGAUGAAAGAAGACUGCCUGACGUGGUUAUGGAUGAUUUAGCAAAACGUAGAUUCUUAAUAAAAAAGAGCUCUGUGAGUUCCGCUGCACCUGGACAUCUUUACAUCUUGCACAAGGACUCUCCUAAAUCUUGUUUGCAACAAAAUUAUCCAGCUGGUCCAUUAGCUGCUGUGCUUGAACCGAUGAGUAACCAGAGGAAGCAGAGGCAUUUGGACCCUAAAGAGGAAAGCAAGCGAAAAGUUAACAUUUCUUCAAAAUUCUCCGGCUAUUCUGAUGAUGAGGAAGAAAAGGCAGUAGGCAUCCCAAACAUUGAAAAAGAUGAUCUCUAUGUUCGCAAACUAAAUUCUGCAGUUUCAAACCCAGUGGUUUCUUUUGACAAGUUUCUACCUAAGUUUUGGACUCCAGAAGAAGAAUUGCAUUGGAAAAACAUCAAAAAAGGAUCCUCUUCCAAACCAUGGUAUAAGGAGCUUCAGGGAUUCAGGUUUGUAAUGAAGUCUGAUUCUGAGGAUGAAGAUUCAGUCAAUAAACAAAGCAAUGCCAAACCGACUGCUGAUUAUGUGGGGAAAUCAUUGUCCCAAAUUGCAGAAGGGGGAAUCACAUAUGCCUCUGAUCAACCCAGUCAGUUUUCAUUACUUCAGACCCUCCAAAAAUACUCUGAUGACUACUUGUCUUCUGAAAUGAAGACCAAAAUUGAUCCUACUUCUGGCCCUAGGGUCAUAACAUGCAGAAAGAAUAUUUUUUUUACACCAGGAUGCAACCAGAGGGAAAUUAUGAAUGGAGACCUAUAUCCAGACUUGGAAAAUGAUGAUUUGUUUGUUCGGAAGACUGGGGCUUUCCACAUGAAUCCAAUUGCUCUCCAAGCUUUUGAAUACUUUAGAAAAUCCUCUGAGCAAGAACCUCUUCUAGAGGGUGAAAUAAUUCUGCAACCCAGAGAACGCCAACCUGUUAUUCCAGACUUAGAAAAAGAUGACAUGACUGUUCGUAAAGUACAAACACAGAAAAAAGGGGUGCCUUUAUCAGGUGCUCCAGACAAAUACCAUCCUGCACUCUUUCCUGAUCCUUGGAGUCUCCCACCAGAAAUCCAAUCCAAAUUUCUUUGUUUACUUGACAAGACUAUCACAACAGAAGAUGAAAAAAAUGGUGGUAGAGUCUUAUCACCCUCUUUGCAGCAGAAGAAGGAUGAUAUGCUGACUCGCAAGAUUGAGUCUUGGAAAGUAGGAAGUGUUCCGCAGCCAGUCAGUUUUACUCCAGGUCCAUGCAGCGAAGAAGACUGGAAAAAAUGGGAGGCUAUCAGAGAGGCCAGCAAAGUUAGACACAAGAAACGCCAGAUGGUUGAGAGACUGUUUCAAAAGCUUUCUGAUGAGAAUGGGAGCAAGUCUUUGAAUGAUGUCAGUAUAGACGAGCCCCAGGUGCUGCGCCAGGUUCGUUAUGAAGAGCUGCAGAAAAUAAAAUCCAAGCUACAGGAACAAGAUCAACAGUGGCAAGAUGAUCUAGCAAAAUGGAAGAAUCGUCGAAAAAGUUACACUUCAGAUUUGCAAAAGAAAAAGGAAGAGAGAGAAGAAAUCGAAAGGAGAGCCUCUGAGAAUUCUGAAAGAAAUAGCAAGUCACUGAAAGAAAUGCAGCAGGACAGGGAGAACAGAGAUCAAGGAUCCUACUGGGACAUCCAGCAAAAAAGUGAAUGGAGGCGAAUGCAUUCAUCAGAUGAUGUAUUUAGUGAAGAAAAACCUCCUUCCAGCUCAUCAGUAGCAAAAGAUUACCUUGUUGAAGAAGAUGCCUCUUACAGCUUUAAGAAGAAUGAAGAAUCAUAUGGUGCACAAACUAACGAAGAGAAUUCUCAAAAGCCAGAGAUCUAUGCAACAGUUGACACUCAAAUUCCAUCUAAAAGCCUUUUAGCAGAACAGAGCUCAGUCCCUUUGUCUACUCACCCUUCGGUGAAUGCACAAAUGGGGUCAGCUCGGGUUUCAGCUUCUCUCCCCAGAAAUUACCAGAAAACUGAUACCUUUAGGUUAACAUCUGUGGUUACACCAAGACCUUUUGGUGUCCCCUCAAGAGGAAUCUCAUCACUUCCCAGAUCAUUUACGGUGGACGAUGCCCAGAAAUAUAAUGGAGAAGUAGAUGGAGCCAAGAGAUCUCAAAGUUUGCUCACCAGCUAUUCAUUUUCAACACUGGAAGCAGGACCACUUCUCUCUGCAGAUGCAAUGACAAAUGGUGGCAAGGAGGAAAAGGAAAGCAUUAAAAUAACAGAGUCUCCUACACUGAGAGCCUCCGCUACAUCCCAGUACCAGGAUGCAGUGUCCCCUGGUCUUAAAUCAGAGUAUUAUACUCAUCCUGACCCUAUUACAGUUGCAUCUUCUGCAGAAAUAAGAAGCCUGCCAGAGCCAGAGGUUUCAGUGUCACAGGACCAGUACAGUGAAAUGAGAAUCAGUAUAAACCAGAGACCUGGUAACAGUCGCAACUUUGGGUUCACCACAAAUUGGAAACCUUCCGGGGUUUUUAUACAAACAAUUGAAGAAGGUAGCACUGCAGACCUUGGCCAGCUGCAAGUAGAUGAUGAAAUCAUUGCUGUUGAUGGCACAAGAGUUUCACAAAUGGACCAUAAUCAGUGGGAGAAAGCCAUGGCCAAUGCACUAGAAACUGGAAACCUGGUCAUGGAUGUCAGACGAUAUGGAAAAAAUGAUUGGGGCAAAGACCAGCCUUCCCUGCCAUAUGUAAGGCAUAAAAUCCUCAAUCUCACCAGUAUGGCUACCAACAUUGUAGGUACACCUGAAAAUAAAUGGAUUGAUGCAACUUCUGGAGAUCAGAAUUCUACGAACUCCUCUUCAAACAUAUCAACCAAAAGAGAUUUCUCCUACAGCCUUCAAAAUUCUGAUCCUGGAGCAGAAGUGAUAAAUGGAAUGGAAGCAGAUCUGAGCUCUAAUGAACAAAAAGAAUCUGAACCUAUUUCUUUGAAAAACUUAAAAAGGCGGUCACAAUUUUUUGAACAAGGAGGCUCAGAGCCUGCAGUGUCUGAUCUCCCAGUUCCAUCUGUUAAUGCUCCUAGUCGCUGGACUUGGGACCAAGAAGAAGAGAGAAAACGACAGGAAAAAUGGCAGAAAGAACAGGAACGUUUACUUCAGGAGAAAUACAGACGUGAACAGGAGAAAUUGCGUGAAGAAUGGCUACAAGCUCAGCAAGAAGCAGAAAGAGAGAGUUCCAAAUAUUUAGAUGAGGAGCCGACUGCCCUAACCUUAAACACAGUAUCGGUAACUGCACAUGCACCACUUGUUUCUAACUGGAGAACAAACAUGGGAGAAGACACUGAUGCUCCUGAAGGAGGCAGAAGACAUGAAUGGGGCGAACAGCAGCAGAAUGAGCAAGAGAAGGAAAUGGAAAGGCAGAGACUUCAGGAGGAAAGGAGACUUCAGGAGGAAAAAGUCCUGUAUUUGGAGCAAAAAAGGAAAGCCCAAGAACUAGAGCUUGAAAGAGAGUGGAAAGCAAAGGAACAAAAGUAUGCCGAGGAGCAGAAGCGGCGGGCGGAGGCCGAGGAGCAGAAGCGGCGGGCGGAGGCCGAGGAGCAGAAGCGGCGCAUGGAAAAAGAAAGGGAGAUACCAAUGCAGAUGCCCCAAUACCGAAGACAUUAUGACCAUUAUGAAGUAUCUCAAAACUUUGAAGAUCCAUCUGGACACUUUCUUGCUGACAGAAAUAAAUCCAGAUCAACAUCAGAACUGGAUGAUUGCCCCAGAAACAGAAAUGGUACAAACAACAAAUAUUUGGAAAGGUCCUGGAAUGUCAGUGAUUCACAGAAGGGGUCUCAGAAAGAGCGUGCCCCGUCUUCAGCAGAAAUAGAGAGACAACAUAUCCUUCAGGAAAUGAGGAAAAAAACGUCACUAAAUACUGACAACAGCUGGAUUAGGCAGCGUAGUUCUAGUGUGCAUAAGGACCCUGUUAAUCUACACAAGAAUACAAUGAAGAGAGGUGAAUCAUUAGAUAAUCUUGACUCCGCAAGAACAAGUUCAUGGAGACAUUCACCUUGGACGAAUCAAUCUUCCUUUUCCACAUCAUCUAGUCAAGAUUUUGGUCGCUCUGCUGCUCCACUAGUGUCUACUUCGAACCGAGCUUACAUGCGUACCCCCUCCUCCAGUGUAGCACCUCCUUCAGCCAGCUCUGGAAGAUCAGCCACUUCUUCCCACGCUUUCCCCUCAGCACCUUCUUCUGUACCGCGUGCUCAGUCUCCUACCUCUGCUUCCCAGUCAGGAGCCCAGCAGCGGAACAAGUCAGUCAGUGGGAAGAAAAUAUGUUCAUACUGUAAUAACGUUCUGGGCAAAGGAGCAGCCAUGAUCAUCGAAUCUCUUGGUCUUUGUUAUCAUUUACGUUGUUUUAAGUGCGCAGCUUGUGCAUGUGACCUUGGAGGCUCACACUCAGGAGCUGAAGUCAGGAUCCGAAACAAUGAACUCUUCUGCAAUGACUGCUAUGUCAGAUUUAAAACUGGACAGCCAACCGCCAUGUGAAGCAACCAUAAGUAUGAAACCAUUGUUGCAGAUAGAAGAGGAGGUGGUUGCUGGUGAUGUAGAUUUAUAAAUAUGUAUUUUGUUUGUGUUUUUUAAGGGUAACUUUUUUGCCUGUCUAGAUUAUGUAGAAGAUGCAUUGUAUCUUUCAUUCAACUUUAGUUAUUUAUGAGAAUGUAAUCACAAGGAGGAAAUCUCUUGGGGUAGGGGGGGAACACAUUCACUUUUUGAGUUUAAUAUACUACAAAGCACAAAGGAGAACAAACAUUUAUCAGUAAUAACUUCAAAACAUCUUUGAGGCUGAUAAUCAACUAGCAGAGUUUCGAAUGGUAUAUGAAGAGGGUAUUUUGUUUAUGUUCUUAAAUGAGCACUAUUGAAAUAGUUAAUAUAAAUAUGUAUUUGUAAUUGCUGUCUUAUUUUUGACAUAUGCUACGAAGUGAAUUCUCUAGAAUAAUAUGAAGCUGCAUUAAAAUGUACACCAAAAUGUUUGCUUUCUGUAUUCUGGUUUCUAAAACUGUUUACUAUUUGCUUUUUGAAAAUAAAAUACAAAGUAUAGUCUGUUUGCUCAGUGGUGAUGGCAUAAUGUUCUGCAUAAGAACAAUGGAAUCAGUUUGGAGGAAAGGGGUCUCUCUUUUCUUUAUUAUUGAAAAAUAUAACUAUCAUUUUCCCCUCAAACAAGUUAAUCCAGAAAGUGGAGAACUUUUUGUUGAAUUCCAGUAUAUUUGUAAAUAAAUGUUCUGAUGCUGCAUUUAA